UCCCCGCCGCGGCCGCUGCUGAUGUCAGCCUGGUCUCGCUCGCUCCUCCCGCACCCACCUCCCGGCCCCAGGCACACUGCAGCUCCGCGCGGUCUCUCCAGACGCGGCGAGGUAGCUGCAAACUCACGGGCACGCACGGCGCUCGCAGAGCCGAGGGACUCGGGGGAGGGGACGCGCGCAAGGCGCUGGCAGCCACCCUCCGAGGUUGGAGACACCCGGGGCCCAGAGCAGGGGAGAGCCCUGGCGGCCACGGCUUCCCUUUUCUUUCCCAGCUGAGCUCUGGAGAGACUCGGGGACUAGCCCUAAAAAAGAGCAGGAAAUCUUGUUUACCGCCCGGGGAGAGGAGACCAGCGAGCCUUUGUUUGGAAAGUCAGCAUCGCCGGCUCCCGCGGCAAUGUGUUCCUGGUGACAUUAGCCCAGGGUAGACGGGUCGGAGGAAAAGGGGGCUCGCAAGGUUCAGCUCUGCUUUCGGACGAGGAUCGAGAGGGUGACUUUUGUGCAUUUGUUUGAAUUUGUGGAAAUCUUUCCCCCUUUUCUCUUGCCCGCUGCCGGGCAUGUCCUGAUCUGGUGGCCGCGCCUACCAGCCCGGGGCUGUCGAUCGGAGCUGUCUCCCGCGGGUCUCCCUCCCUCAGUCCCUGACUUUGCAAUACCGGGAGGGCUGAUCUCCGCGAGGAAGGAGGCGGGGGAGUCACAGACACCGGGAUUCGAAGCUUGACAUGCUCCGGGGCGGACCGGAGGCAGCCAGGAGCUGAGCGCACCGCCGGGACUGCUUCGCCUGCCGGCUCCCAGUGCCCUUGCCUUCCGCUGGGCGCCAACCUUGCUCAUCUGUUGGGACGCCCCCUUCUUCCCCGCGGUCCGCGGCCGGCAGGACCAUGCUGCUGAAGGAGUACCGAAUCUGUAUGCCGCUCACCGUGGACGAGUACAAAAUCGGACAGCUGUAUAUGAUCAGCAAACACAGUCACGAGCAGAGUGACCGGGGAGAAGGGGUGGAGGUCGUGCAGAACGAGCCCUUUGAGGACCCUCACCAUGGCAAUGGGCAGUUCACUGAGAAGCGAGUCUAUCUCAACAGCAAACUGCCGAGCUGGGCUAGAGCUGUUGUUCCCAAAAUAUUUUAUGUGACCGAGAAGGCUUGGAAUUAUUACCCCUAUACAAUCACAGAAUACACAUGUUCCUUCCUGCCGAAAUUCUCCAUCCACAUAGAAACCAAGUAUGAGGACAACAAAGGAAGCAACGACAGCAUUUUUGACAAUGAAGCCAAAGACCUGGAAAGAGAAGUGUGUUUUAUCGAUAUAGCCUGUGAUGAAAUUCCGGAACGCUACUACAAAGAAUCUGAGGAUCCUAAACACUUCAAGUCUGAGAAGACAGGCCGGGGGCAGCUGAGAGAAGGCUGGCGGGAUAGCCACCAACCCAUCAUGUGCUCCUACAAGCUGGUGACCGUCAAGUUCGAGGUGUGGGGCCUUCAGACCCGAGUGGAACAGUUUGUGCACAAGGUGGUCCGAGACAUCCUGCUGAUUGGACACAGACAGGCCUUUGCAUGGGUUGAUGAGUGGUACGACAUGACAAUGGAUGAAGUACGAGAAUUCGAACGAGCCACUCAGGAAGCCACCAACAAGAAAAUCGGCGUUUUCCCACCCGCCAUUUCCAUCUCCAGCAUCGCUCUGCUGCCUUCCUCCGUGCGCAGCGCCCCGUCCAGCGCCCCGUCCACCCCUCUCUCCACAGAUGCGCCAGAAUUUCUGUCCAUUCCCAAAGACCGGCCCCGGAAAAAAUCUGCUCCGGAGACCCUCACACUUCCGGAUCCCGAGAAAAAAACCACCCUGAAUUUACCUGGUGUCCACUCUUCUGAAAAGCCAUAUCGGCCCAAAUCAGAGUAACUUCAUGUGAACAUCCCAUUGGGUUUUAUAUUUUCAGUUGAGGCUUUUUUUUUUUUUUAAAGAGUCCUCUGAUAGAGGAAAAGACCUGCCUCGUCACUCAGUCACUCAGAUGUGUUCUUUGAUCUCAGAGUGUGCAUGUGGUUAAAUAAUUUCACUGAUAGCAAGAAUCCCUGCGUGUGCCACACAGCAUCAUAGUGAAUAUGAGAUGUAAGACUAGGGAAAAAAAACAAAAAACAAACAAAAGAACCAGGAGGGGCUGAGGACAGAACUUAGCAGCAUGAAGCCCUAGGUUCGAUCCCUGGCAUGGUUAGCUAGACAAGAGGAUCAGAAGUUCAGGGUCAACCUCAGUUAUAUAGAGUUUGAGGCCAGCCUGGGUUAUAUGAGACCCUGUCUCAAAAACAAUCCAACAAAAAACCCACAGAACCAUGUAUAGUUUCAUAUGUGGGCCAGGAAGGAAGCCUUGCCUUGGGGGCCUUGGUUUGAUAUGGGCUUCAGUGAUAAACAGGUCAACAGAAGGAAAAACAUGAAGCCAGGAUUUUGGUUUUUUGGUUUUUUUUGUAAGAUGUGGUAAAAUAAUGAAAUCAAUUUCCUCCUAUCAAACCUGAAAUUCUCAACAACAACAACAAAAAGAAAAAAAAAAAGAAAGAAAAAAAUAUUCUCAGGUGUCACAUGCCUAAUUGUUAAAUUAUGGACUGCUGACCACCAAUACUUGAAUUCCAGUUAUUAUCAAUAUUCCUGUUUUGAUUAGUCUGACUCAGGAUUUGGAGCCUAAUCAACUCCUUAAAUUUUUGAAAAUUUUAAUGACCAACUUCUAGAGGCUCCAAGUGCAAUUAACGAUGACUUCUUUAUACCUUUUCACAGAAUUGAAUAAAGAUCCCUCUGUUCCCAUCUCUUAGUAAUUUCCCCUUUUGUACCCUGGUGGCCUCUCAAAUCUUUAGACUUGCCUGGAUGACUGUGACCUUAGCUGAUAUAAUGUGGAGUGUUCUGGAAACAAGAGCCCCAGGUGAGACAAACAUCCUCUCUUCAGGUACCAACAAAGCUUGACCUGUGAGCUGCCAUCAUCCAUUACAAUUCUCAGAAAUUUCAAUGAACUAAAUAGAAUUCAUUGACAGUGUCCCACUUGAGGAAGCUCAGGGUGGACUAAGUUACCUGGGAUUAACCUCUGUCAAAAUGUCUGGUGUCUGAACCUUGCAAAAGAGAAUCCUCCCCACCCAGUUUAUUCUUAGUAACACCCAGACAUCCCUGGAAGGGGCUGCCGAUCACCAGGUUUUGGAAAAUACUAUCAUUCUCCUACUCCUUCCUUACAAUCCAAAUACUGGAGUGUAGCUCCAUGGUAGAGUUCUUGCCUAGCAUGUAGGAGGCCCUGGGCUCAGUCCCCAACACUGCAGAAAGGAAACAGUGCAAUUGUCACUGUCUCGGGAACCCAGGAAAUAGAGCCAAGCGGGUGACCUUGUCUCCUUAGUGGACUCACCGACUGACUCCUGUUUGUACAGAGGCAUGGUCAUAAAUGGCCCCUUUGUCUUAUUCUCAUUGCUGAAAGACAUAGAAAUGUACGUCAGAGUCCAGGCCAACAGCUAGCAAGGUCAUUCAUCAAAGUGGCAGAAAGAAAUCUGUCACUGUUGCACCUCACUGCCUUUAAAGCCACAAAAAAGGCAAGCAGAAUGUCACCAAUGAACAAGGUAGCUGGGGAGCUCCAGGGCCCCUGUCCUAGCUAUCCUUCCUGACUGUGACCUCCAACCUCAGGAAAGGAAAUGACCCCCAAAACAGAUCCCAAAGGAAACAAAACAGACCAAGGAGCGUAUUCUCCUUCCCUGACACUUCCCAGCCAGUGGACCCUGCCUGCACCCUCUCUUGAGUGCUCCACCCUCUGCAGUGUCUCUCGGGUCCGUGCCCUCUCCCAAGGCACAGGUGCUGGCCCCUUGAGCCGAGCACCAAAGUGCUUCCUGUGUCUAGAUCAUUUCUUUAUCCGUAGAUGGACACCGUGCCCAGUACUGGGAGAAAAGCAAUUGCAGAUACCUUUGCGCAGCAGCGCCUCUUUCCCUUAAGGUGACAGCGCCGUAGUAGGGUACCCUUCUUUGCAUGGUCUGGAAGCAUGAAUCUCACUUGUGGGAAAUCUUAAUCUUUUCUCGAACCCUUUGGACUUCUCAAUGGUUCCCUCUCCAUGCAGCUGUACUCAAUGAGAAUGCCUGGCUUUAACAAGCAAAAUUCCACUUUCAGAAGAUACGGAGAUAAUAUGUGUAUCUGCUCGCCGUUUGCAAGCUGAAAUGGGGCUGGGGUGGGCUCAGUGGUUCUCAUGUAGAACAAAUUGAUUUUGUGCAGUGGUUAGCCCAUCUGGCACCCAGUUUUCCAUUAAUACCAUGGCACUUUCCCUUUUCUAUACCAGCUUCUAUUGUCAAGGCCAACAAUCUGGUUCACUUUGAAAAGCUACUUUCUGAUUCCCUUUUUUGUGAGUUUUCUGUCCUUUAUAGUCAGCCCAAUGCCUUUGACACCCGCUGUGGCGCUAACCUAUGAUGGUGUAAUUCUUAACCAACAUGUGUGGGUUCAGUUUUUCUGUCUACAUGCCGUUUGCCUGUGUUACAAAUAUGGAAGGGGUGGGAUUCUGGAUAUUUCAUUAGCUGCUUUGAAUAUUUAAUCCAGUCAUCACAAAGCAUCAGUGACUUCAAUAUUUUCUAGAUCUUGAUUUCCAAGUCUCUUUGCGCUUUGUCCUUGUUACAUGAAUCUGCUAUUGUGAGAAAAAGCCUGCGAUGAAUGUGUACAUAGAAUGUGAAUAAUUCCUCUGAGGAUGGAAACAAAAUGGCUGCAUGAUGGAAAUUUGGGAAGACAAAACAAUAUAGCAGAAACUUGAAUUUACUAAGCAUGUCUGAGGGGAGAGUAGAACCCUUAACUCAGUGCCUCUGUCUGCCAUGUGAAAACCUGCAACUUUGUUCACCAAAAUUGUAUUAUACCUGUAUAUAUAUACAUACAUACAUAUUAAAAUGCAGUAUAGUGAGAGUCACACUCCCUCAAUUCUAAGUCUCUGGUAGCCAAAUUGAAGUGAGUAGCCCAUAGGAUGAUACAUGUGUUUACCCCUCUUCAUCUCUGAUGUUGGUGGAUGCUCCUAAAAUGGCCAUACAUGUCUUUACUCCGGGUGGCUCCCCGCUAGGAAAUAUCCUUGUGCCCUGGGUAGGGCACAGCAUCGUCGCUUUGUCUGUGCUUUCCCUGGGUCCAGGAGGUUUGGUGGUGUUUUUAUUGCAUAGGGUUUGUCUGAAGCCACCGCUGAAGAACAUUGCCUCUCAAGCUGUAGUAAGAGAAAGCAAAAGGACAAACUGAGCAAGAGAGAAGCUGUGACUUUUUUUUUUUUCUUGGUUGUCGCUUUGUUGGUGGAUUUAUUUAUAAGUCUGCUGUCACGGCUUUGCAUCUGUGGGGAACUGUUUUAACUUAUUUACAGGUGUGUCAGCCUUGUUUGGGGUGUGGAAAUAAGUUAGCUCAAUUGUGGAUGAAUGAACACACACACACACACACACAUAAUGAACACACACACAUAAUGAACACACACACACA